CUCCAGCAGUCACCAAGGCUGAAGAGUCAGUCACUCGGUCUCAGGUCAGGCAGACAUGUAUGUUCCAGGCUCCUGCCCCUGUUCCAGCACCAGUUACAAAAUCUGAGACCUCUGUGGCAAAUCUAGAGACAAUCCAGCCUAAUCUCCCACCUCCAUCAGUUCUCACAAGCUCGGCGAGUUCCAAUCAGCAGCGUAGAAAGAAUGCGGCCAAACCAGCACCGUCACUGCCCUUUGCCCGUGAGGCCAUAAAGGAAAAUGAUGAACCUGAAAGGAUCCCUCCUUUUGCAGGCAGAAGAAAAUCUGUCGCUCCCCAAGAGUUCAAUAAAGGCAACAAGAGGCUGUCAUGUGUUGUUAAACCCUCCGACAUGCAGACCAAGAAGGGAAAGUAUGGAGAACCUUCACGACCAAACCAGAAGUUUUAUGAUAUGAUUCAAGAGUUCAGAGAGACCUUGGAAAUAACUCCUAUAUCAACUUCUGACAUUAUUGAACCUCAAAGGAUUUGUGUGUGUGUUCGUAAACGACCCCUUAACAAGCAAGAGUUUACAAAAAAGGAGAUAGAUGUGGUCUCUGUACCUGGGAAAGGUGCUCUGCUGGUCCAUGAGCCAAAACAAAAGGUGGACCUCACCAAAUACUUGGACAACCAAAUCUUCCAGUUUGACUACUCCUUUAAUGAGAACGCCACCAAUGACCAGGUCUACAAGUUCACAGCUAAACCUUUGGUCCAGUCCAUUUUUGAAGGCAGCAUGGCAACAUGUUUUGCCUAUGGCCAGACUGGAAGUGGAAAGACUCAUACCAUGGGAGGUGAUUUCACAGGGAAGCAGCAGAACAGCGCCAAAGGAAUCUACGCCUUGGCAGCCCAGGAUGUUUUCACCAAUAUCAAUCACAGGAGGUAUGCUAGCCUGGAUCUUUCUGCCUUCGUCAGCUUCUUUGAGAUUUACAAUGGCAAAGUGUAUGACCUACUGAACAAGAAGGCAAAGCUCCGUGUUCUAGAGGACGACCGACAGCAGGUGAAUGUGGUUGGCCUGGAGGAGGUGUAUGUGACCAAAGCAGAGGAUGUCAUCAAGAUGAUACAGAUGGGCAGUGCAUGCAGAACAUCAGGCCAGACCUCAGCCAAUGCCAACUCAUCCCGCUCUCAUGCCAUCCUCCAGAUUGUCCUAAGACGAAAAGGCGCACUCCACGGCAAAUUUUCGCUGAUUGAUUUGGCUGGCAAUGAGCGUGGCACAGACGUUAGCAGCAAUGACCGCAGCACUUUAGUGGAGACUGCUGAGAUAAACCAAAGCCUCUUGGCUUUAAAGGAGUGCAUUCGUUCACUGGGGAAGAACAGCGAUUACAUCCCUUUUAGGAUGAGCACACUGACCAAGGUCCUCAGAGAUUCCUUUAUUGGCGAGAAGUCCAAGACCUGCAUGAUUGCAAUGGUGUCUCCAAGCAUGUCUUCAUGUGAAUAUACCAUGAACACUCUACGUUACGCUGACAGAGUGAAGGAACUGAAUGGCAACUCCAAAGCUGGUGGAGUGGUGAAGUCACAAGAGCCUGCAGAUACUUCUUCUGAGGAGGAAUCUGUUGACACCAGUGUGUAUGAUGCCAUAUCCCAGGUGGCAGACCUGGAGGAGAAGGUUUAUGUGGAGCUUCAGAGGGCAAAUGAUCUUGUCAAGGCAAUGGAGCAAACCUCAUACAACAUUGAGGCAGGACUUCCCGACCUGGUGGAUCAUUCCCAGAAGUUAUUGGACACAGUCCUGGCUUUGCAGACUGCUGUGGAUCAGGAGAGAACGGCGAGGCUCAACCACUGAGACAAAGCCACCAACCUGCCCAGACCAACAGUUUUUUUAUUUUACACUUUGCUGUGACGCAGUUCUCUUUUGUCUUAUUUUGUUAAUUACUGUGUUUUAAAUAAAAUUAAUUCAAACACUAAUU